GAGAUAUACAUCCAAGAAGCCGUGCUGCAUAGCACAUUUGAUUCGGUUAAUGUUGUGCGCUUUUUCAAUGCCUGGAUUGAACGUGUGCCCCGGAACUUUGCGGAGACGCUUGGCAUUCUUCAUCGUGAUGACACCAUGGACAACAUCUCAGCGGAAACGCUGGAGAGUUUUCACGAAACACCUUUUACGGAAUCUGCCUCCAGUGAUGCCUGUUAUACCGUGCUGUUUAUUCAAACGGAGUGGUUUGAGCGCGGCACUCUGGCAGACCACUUUGUUAGGAGAAAAGGGUUUACUCGUUUGGAGAAUUUAAAACAUCUUCUUCAAAUUUCUGAGGGACUUCAGUAUCUUCACUCGCAGUGCGUGGUGCACUGUGAUCUCAAGCCGAGAAAUAUUUUUAUGUCUGACUCUGGGAUUAUGAAAAUUGGGGAUUUUGGGCUUUCGAGAAAAAAUCGUAAGCGGCCCCAUAAAUUGCGCGGGGAUGCCGAAGGGUUUGCAUCCAACUCGGAAGCAGGUGACGAGGGACACGCCAUUGCCGCCUUUACUCCACUUUACUGCAGUCCGGAACAGAAACGUGGGGAUGCCGCAACCACCGCGAGCGAUAUUUACUCUUUGGGGUUGAUCGCUCUUGAGUUUUACUGUGUUUUCACCACGCAGCAUGAGAGGUUUUGCACACUGGGCGAAGCACGCCAAGGUGUAUUUCCAAAAGAGUUUGCGGAUACGUAUCCGGUGGAGAGGGCCCUCUUUCAGAAAAUGUUGUCGGAGGACGAGAGUUGUCGUCCAUUGAUGAAGGAUAUCGUUAAAGCCCUGCGACAGGGAAUUAAGGAGGAGGAGGAGGAGGAGGUGAUGGAUGGGUUGAUCAUGCGGUCUAAGACGCUUAGCCCAAUUGACGAGUACGGAUCCUCAAAUCCCGCGUCUCCACUGGAAAAAUUCAAAGAGAAGGGAAAAUUAACACGGGUCGCUCCAAAAUUUACCAGAUUAUCUUUGAGCUCGCUGGAAUCCACAGAGUUUACUCAAAACACAUGA